AUGGAUGAAGAACAAUAUUCAUCUGGUUGGGACGAAAAUUACUCAUUUGUUCACUUUCUUAAUGAAAGCAAUGUCUGCGAAAUGGGAAACUAUUUUACCUUUUACACCCAUUUCACUACUGUUCUCUAUACUCUGGCAUUUUUGCUCAGCCUGCUAGGAAACACUCUGGUGUUAUGGAUCCUACUCAAAUAUGAAAACCUUACAUCUUUAACGAACAUCUUCAUCAUGAAUCUUUCUGUCUCUGACUUAGUCUUCUCAUGCAUGCUGCCAUUCUGGGCAGUGUACCAGAGCUUCGGGUGGAUUUUUGGUGAGUUCCUUUGCAAGGCAGUGAAUGCCAUUUUCUCCAUUGGCUACUACAGUGGUGUUUUCUCUCUAACUCUCAUGACUAUUUUACGGUACUUGUCCGUGGCGAACCCUCUUUCUACUCUGAGAUCCCAGACGCAGUACUGUCGUUCUCUGGUGUGCUUGUUUGUUUGGACUUGCAGCAUUUUAAUGGUAGUUCCUGAGAUUAUUCACACCACAGUGACAGAAACCUUGGAAGAAGUCAGUAUCUGUGAUUAUGAUGACUGGGAAUGGAAAAAAGUGGACAUUUAUCAGAGAAACAUACUCUUCCUGAUUUCCUUUGGGAUUAUCGUAUUCUGUUACAUCAAUAUACUGAUAAUUCUGCUUGGAACAAGAUCUCGCAGAAAGCGCAGAACUGUGAAACUCAUCCUUGUUAUUGUGGUGGCUUUCUUCCUGAGCUGGGCACCUUACAACAUCCUCAGCUUUCUGAUUACUUUUCCACCAUCUACAUGCCAGUACAGCAAUGACACCCACCUCGCCUUUCACAUCAGCCGUAAAAUUGCUUUCUCCCACUGCUGCCUCAAUCCCGUGCUCUACGUAUUUGCUGGAGUCAAGUUCAAGAGGCAUUUGUUUCGUUUAUGCAGACAGUAUUUACCCUGUGGUGAUGAAGUCUCCAGCCCCCGGAUCGGCUCUCAAGGCAAAUUCCACUAUGAAGAUGGGUCCAUCUACUGAAGGGAGACCAAACUAUUAGUGCUAGUCUCUGAUGAACUUUCAGAUUUUAAAGGCCAUGCAUGAUCUCCAAUUCCUAUAGGCUCUUCCCUGAGACAGUGGCCGAUUUUGUCUUUGCAAACAUAUUGUGAAUGGGAAAUGAUUAGAAAAAUGAUUAGCAGGAGGAUGGAGAAACCAAGAAGUGACCUCAGUGGUCUGUAACUCUUACCUUCUUUAUGCUUUUUGGCACAGUGAUACUUUUUCUCAUUCAUGGUUUUCUUUAGAAAAAGAAAAAAGAAUGCUUGCUUUUUUCUUUGGCAGUUAAAACUUCAGGUCUUAAAGUGAAUAGUGCUGCACAUUUCUUUCUUGCCUGAUUUUAAAUAUUCAUAUUGUUUCUAGCAUGGUCACUUAAGCAUUUCUGUAGCUUUUAAUGCUUGACAUUAUUUGUCAGUGCUGAACUCACUGAUGUUCUCUGUGUGCUAAGGUUCUUCGACCUAUUGAUAGGCAAAUAUAUAUAAAGCCAAC